AUGGCGGCGGCGUCCACGUCGCUCCUCCCCGUGUCCCACCGCCACCGCCUUUUCCCCCAAUCCCUCACGGGCGGCCGGCUUCCGUCCGUCGUCUUCCACGCCCGCCCACCGCUCUCCUAUGGCCUGUGCCGCCCCGGCCCCAUGUCUCCCCCGCACCUCCCCCUCGCGGCCACCUCGGCGGCCGUCGGCGUAGCGCUCAGCAUCCGCCUGCUCCUCCUCCUCUCCCGCUCCCGCGCGCUCAAGCCGCUCGCCGCCACCACCUCCGCCGCCGCGGCGGCCCUCAGAACCCCGCGCCUCCUCGCCGCGGCCUCCUCCCCGCUCGCCGCCCUCCUCGCCGCCUCCAAGGCCGCCUCCAAGUCCUACAAGGCGGCGCGCGCGCUCGACCCGGCCGCGCGCCUCCCGCGCCUCCCCUCCUCCAAGCGCGUCAAGGCCGCCUUCGCCGCCGCCUCCCUCCUCCGCCUCGCCGCCGCCGCGCCGCUCGCCUCCUCCUCCCCCACCGCCUUCGCCGCGCUCGCGGUCCUCAAGUCCGGCUACAAGCUCUCCAAGAACUCCGCCAAGGUCGUCGAGGGCUUCCUCGGCCUCCAGGUCCACAAGGGCUUCCGCAACGGGGUCGACGCGCUCGGGGUCGUCGUCAAGGUCGCCGUCAUCGCGUCCGAGAUCGCCGUCUGGCUCGACGCCAGCCUCUGGCCCGCCCACGGCCGAUGCGUGCGCCUCCUUAGGCCGCCCGGUAGCCUCGUCCUACUCUGCAGCUCUACACCAUCAUCAUCAUCAUCAACUCAUCAACACCAGGUCCUGCUCUUCGAUCCUGGAACUAUAGACAUCCACGACGAGGACUGCUGGCUCGACGACGACUACCCACAGGACGAGGAGCCCUCCCAGUUGCUCUGCCUCGCGGUGCCCCUGCCUGGCAUGGCAAAACUAGUGAGUUACUAGCAAUCUACUACUGUAGCACGC